AUGGGCGGCAAACGCAAAGCCUCACAAGACCUUCGGGGCCAGUCGCUCCCUGUCGACCAAACGUUGACCUUUGAAGGCCCCCCAGAAGAUGCAAAAUCUCGAGACAGUCACUAUGCCGAGCUAUAUUCCAAAGCGCCAGACUUUCAGCAGCUCGCUCUUCAAGAUGCAGAUUUCGCACGAUUGUGGAACAAACACAAAACUGAUUUCUUCAAUGAUCCGGAAUGUGUUAUGCAAUUGACGAAGUCACUUCUCAAGCUGGACUUUGGACUGAAGCUUGAACUUCCUGAUGAUCGACUAUGCCCUCCUGUCCUCAACCGGCACAACUAUCUAUUGUGGCUAAAGGAACUUCUCGACAGCACUUCUUAUGACAAACAGGAUAGGAAAAUCGUUGGGUUAGACAUUGGUACUGGUGCAAGUUGCAUAUAUCCUUUGAUGGGCUGCACUGAACGUGAUUGGGACUUUAUCGCUACUGGUAAUCCUUUCACCACCUCGUUGACCAGAGCGCAGCUAAUCAAAGCAGACAUCGACCCAAAAAGCCUCGAGUAUGCUUACAAGAACGUGACACUGAACGAACUCGGGAACAGGAUCAAAGUCAUGGGGCGAAAGCCAACCGACGCUCUCAUCCCGCUCAAUGAUCUAAACAUCAACAACAUUUCUUUCACCAUGUCAAAUCCGCCUUUCUACAAAUCCGAAGAAGAGUUACUAGAGAGUGCGAGAAAAAAGUCUCGCCCCCCUUUUACGGCAUGCACAGGAGCCAAGGUUGAGAUGGUGACCGACGGCGGCGAAAUCGCCUUUGUUGACCGCAUGCUCAAAGAGUCGCUCGUCCUUCAAGAACGUGUACAGUGGUAUACAUCCAUGUUCGGGUUUCUCACAAGUUUGAUCGAGUUUGUAGACAAAUUGAGAGAACACAAAAUUGACAAUUAUGCUGUCACAGAGUUUGUUCAGGGCAGCAAAACAAGAAGAUGGGCUGUUGCAUGGAGUUUCGGAAACAUGAGGCCAGCCCAGUCAGCUGCACGCGGCAUCAAGACAGCAGUUUCCAAAAACGUGCUUCCAGAGAUCACAGAAGAGAAAGUCGUCGAUAUACCUCUCCAAGAGAAAAUCGGCGACUUUGCGGAUAGUUUUCGAUCUGGACUUGAGAAGCUGGACUUGAUCACCUGGGAAUGGGACACCGAGCGCCUGGAAGGGAUUGGACGAGCAGCAGGUCGCGUCUGGGCGCGAGCUUGGCGCCGAAGAAAACAAAGAGGGGAGAUUGAAGACCAAGAGGUGGUAGACGUAAAGUGCGAGUUUGCUUUCAAGGUUUACGUACGUGUUGGUAAGGAUGCCGUGGAAGUCCACUGUCGAUGGCUUGAAGGUCACGAUCCUGUCACUUUCGAGAGUUUCAGGGGAUAUCUGAAGAAGACGGCGCGAAAUAUCGUCAAGAUUCAGAGCACCGAGGACAAAGCAUAG